CCGGCCGCAGAGCAACGACCGACUGCAGCUCCACGACGCAGGCAGCAACUCACAGAGAGACCUGCCAUGGAGUCCAAUCUGACGGGCGACGUGGGGAGAAACGAAUGUUCCACCAAGGACAUCGACGAGUUCCGUGGCCACGUCUACGCCACGUCCUACUCCGUCAUCACGGUGCUGGGCCUGCUGGGCAACGGCUUCGCCCUGGCGGUGCUGAUCCGAACGUACCGCCAGAGCUCGCCCUUCCACGUGUACAUGAUGAACCUGGCCGUGUCCGACCUGCUGUUCGUCAUGACGCUGCCGCUCAGAGUCCUCUACUACGUCAACCAGGGCGAGUGGAAGCAGGGCGACUUCCUGUGCCGCAUCAGCUCCUACGCCCUCUACGUCAACCUCUACUGCAGCAUCCACUUCUUGGUCGCCAUGUCCGUCACGCGCUUCCUGGCCAUCGUUUUCCCCGUGCUGAACCUGCGGCUGGCGACGGUGACCCGCGCCCGCCUGGUGUGCGUGGGCAUCUGGGCGUUCAUCUGUCUCACCAACUCGCCGUUCCUCAUGAGCGGCCAGAAAACCGACCCCGUCACGGGGAAAAUCAAAUGCUUCGAGCCUCCGAGCGUCAACGGGAAGGGUUUGUUCAAACUGGUCACGAUUAACUACAUCUCCGUGGCGACGGGCUUCACCCUGCCCUUCCUGAUCAUCCUGAUCUGCUACGCCGGGAUCAUCCGCGCCCUGCUGUCGCGCGACAACUCCGCCCGGCGACAGCGGGGCGUGAGCUCCAGGGCCAUCCGGAUGAUCGUCAUCGUGCUGGUGACCUUCCUGGUGUGCUUCCUGCCGUACCACGUGCAGCGCACCGUGCACCUGAGCUUCCUGUCGCGCGAGAGCGCCACGUGCUCGGAGAAGCUGGCCAUGCAGAAGUCCGUGGUGGUGACGAUGUGCCUGGCCGCGUCCAACUCGUGCUUCGAUCCGCUGCUGUAUUUUUUCUCCGGGGAGGGUUUCCGCACUCGCUGGUCCUCGCUGCGCAAGCGCAAGAUGAAGAACGCCAGCAGCGGGAGCCGCGUGGCCAGGAUCAACGCCGCCGCGGCGUCGGAGGCCGCGGAGACGCACCAGCUGAACCGGGCCUGCAGUUAGUCAGCACCGGCCCGACGAGCUUGUCGGGGUUUGUUUGAGGGAACGCUUCAACCGCGGCAGAAACAUCGAUAUAUCACGUACACUACCGGUCAAAACUUUGAGGUCACCCAGAUAAUUUGGUGUUUUCCAUGAAAACUCACACUUUUUAUUUAUCUAAUUAAUUGCAAAAUUAAUCGAAAAUAUAGUCAAGACAUUGACGAGGUUAGAAGUAAUGAUUUGUAUUUGAAAUAUUAAUGUUGUUCUUCAAACUUGUCGCUCAAAGGAAGGCCAGUUGUAUAGCUUCUCUCACCAGCGCAACUGUUUUCAGCUGUGCUCACAUAAAAAGGGUUUUCUACCCCUCCGUUAGUCUUCUAAGGCGAUAACACAAUGUACCACUAGAACACUGGAGAUCGGCCUCGAUACGCCGAUGGAGAAAUGUCAUUAAGAACCAGAGAAUAGUCAUUUACCACAUUAACAAUGUAUAUAGAGUGUAUUUAUGAUUCAUUUAAUGUUAUCUUCAUUGAAAAAAACAGUGUUUACUUUGAAAAUAAGGACAUUUCUAAGUGACCCCAAACUUUCUAACGGUAGUGUACGUUUGUUCUCGAAGGAAAACUCUUUCUGGACGCCUCGAAUAUGACUCGAGUUGUACUGCACGAGGGUUCGGAGACAGGUGAUUGGAUGUAUUGGAUUGUAUGUUGUGUUUCAGAUGUUUCGUUUUUUUUACAGUUCUGUGUUUUCUGGAAAUAUUAAUGAUGAUGUAAUAAUGAUGAUGAUGAUGGUGAGUAAUUAUGAUUUUCUAAAAGGUGUACCUUUAAGGGAGCAGUUUAAUUAGUUGUUUUUUGGUUGAGAAGUACGAAAACACUCUCAUACCUGAAUUGUAAAUAUGAAACUGAAGUUUACACAAGCUGAGUUUAGAAUAACAUAACUGCAGAGAGGAAACUGGUCGCCCGGCACUGUUCAAAUAGGACAACUCGUCCAACCUCCAGGCACUUGCUGGAAUUUCAUAUUUUUUCUGUGUAAAAAAAAAGUAUGCUGCUGUAAUCCUGUUGUGCAAAUACUGUUUCAUCCAAGUUCAGCAUGGUCCCUUAAAAAAUACAAAAUGAAAUCCUCACUGUGGUGGAAGUUACCAACUCCGUCCACCAGGUGUCGCACCAGCCCACAUUGUUGUGCUCCUCCACGUGACUCGAGGCUGAGCUUUUACGAGUGAUCAUCUUCUCUGAGAUGAGAAAACACAAGUUGUGUUGUGUUGCACUGGGACUAAUUCAAUUUGUGCACACAAAAAUAAAGUCUUAAAGCUG